GUAGAUUGUACGACAAGUGACAGGUUUAUUCAGAGUGAAGAUAUCUGGUACAGCGUAUAUACGGGCCCCUCUGUUAGCUCAUCAGAGUCUAGCAGAAAGGAACCUUGCUAACAGUGAGUACAAGCAUCAUAUACACCAGAAAGUAGGUUGAUUUCUAGGAGAUCGGAUCUUCGGAUUGGAUCAGGCUGGGGUGUAGUCAUCCGGCAUUGGCUCUGUUGUCUGUCCGUCAUCGUAGAAUCCUCCCAUGCCUGUUCUUGGUCGUCACACCAUGUUCAGCUGAAAAGGAGAUCUGGUGUGUGCACUAUCUUCAGUCACACAAUGUUCGGCUGGGAGGGAGAUUAUGUGUGUGUGCUAGUUUGUCUCUAAGUCUAGGCUUUCAAGCCAAUCUGUGGGUGUUUUAUCUGGGUGUCCUCGGCAGCUAUGUGUGUACUGUAUGUGCGUCGUCCCUGUCUUCUGGGGUCAGUGUGUAAGAGCGUAUGCGUCCCUGUCCUGUCCUCAAGAGUCCGUGUGUAAUGUGUGUGCGUCCCUAUCUUCAGGGGAGUUGUGGCCGAACUGCCGGCUAGCACCUGUGGCUAGGAGUAUCCUGUUGUGACAGUGUUCUGGAUGAUCAAAGUGAGUGUGUGUGUGAGAGAUAUCCUGUAUGGGGCCCAACCUGUUUUACUAUGAAAAUACGUUGUCCCAGCUAUAGUAGUGUAAUGUCACCUACAUAAGAAUUAGCAGUCCUCUACAAUACAAAAUAGGUUUCAAAUAACGCGAAAAAACAUACACAAUAGCACAAUUAGUUACGGGAUCGUAAAAUGGCAGCCAUCCCCUCAGCGCCAUUCGCAUUGUACAGUUGGUAAAAACCGAAAGAUUCUUCUGCAGUGACAAAUUUCCAGUGCAUGGCUCAUGCGUUUAAGUGUAGCCUAGAAGUCAUCGGGUAUUUGUCCAAUAUCGUGCGUAAAAGCAGUUGUUUCUUGACAACAGCGUUUCAAAUGGUGUACUUUUGAAAACAUCGUCUUCAAAUAUUGUUAUCUUUCUGAAUUGUGUCAUAUUUGACCCUAAAGAAUAGUGAGACGCAUAGCCACCAUCCCUCAGUCUUGUAUGCAUUUAUCCACUGUAGAGACCUACCUUCAGUUGACAGCUACAGGGAACAAUAUUUGUGGUUCUACAGGGUUUAAGGGUCUCUUUGAUACCAGCAUUUGCCCGCAAGAAGGACGGCCGCACCACCUUUCUUUUCAAGUGAGGACAGCACAACAAGGGUGAAACCAUCGCCACAAACACUCCAGACAUGAGAAGGAGCAGGUGAAGAUGUCCCUGAAGAACACCAAAACAUGGUCCAGAGUACUUGUACCUGUGCUGCUGCUGUGCUGUGUGUCCUACUACUAUUCACAUUUCUUCCUUCAGAGUAUGUUAGGACUGUGUUGCAGCUUGCCCACAUCCACCUGUUUGGGGCACACCAGGGGAUUGAGAAAACCAGGGAGCAGAUCGUGAACCAGUUCCACUGGCCCGGAGUCAAGUGCGCCGUGGAGGACUACUGCCGUUUGACCUCUGUCAUUGCCAACAAAGGUAGUGAAAUGGCUUUCAGUCAGGCCCUCUGUGACAGCUGGAAUAUCUCUCAGAAGUGGGAGAGACUCAACUUCAAUGUGAGCAGGAAUUCUCAACUUUUCUUGAAGCUGGAGGAUUUCUUCUGGCGACGCUACUUGUCCACGUUAGCCUUGCCUUAUGGUGUUAAGGGCAGUGAGCUUUUUCUCAUGAAAGCAUUGGCAGCCAUGGCUAGCUAUGACAUGCCUGAGACGAUAAAACAUUUGCCUUGCAAAACCUGCAUGGUGGUUGGAAAUGGGUUCGCGAUCAAGAACACCUCGUUAGGAAGUGCCAUUAACAAGUAUGACAUAGUGAUCAGAUUGAACGAUGCACCAGUUCGGGGGUAUGAGGCCGACGUGGGGAACAAGACUACCAUGCGCCUCUUCUACCCUGAGUCGGCUUCCUACAACCCCAGCAUCCACAAUGACCCUGACACCCUCAUGGUCCUCGUGCCUUUCAAGCAGCAGGACGUGCGCUGGCUCAAAGAGAUCCUGUACAAUGAGAAGAGGAUCAGAAAGGGCUUCUGGAAACCCCCUCCUGAGAUCUGGUUGGGUAAAACCAGCCACAUCCGCAUCCUGGACCCCUACUUCCUGCAGCAAACUGCCAGCCGCCUGCUCCGCUUGCCUCUCAACACACCUCCAAAGACCAACCAGAUCCCAGCGCACCCUACAACUGGCAUUCUGGCCAUCUACGUGGCCCUUAACUACUGUGACGUGAUCCACAUCGCUGGAUUUGGCUACCCAGAGUCUAAAGACCUGAAGCACCCCAUUCACUACUAUGGCUAUGACACCAUGAAGUCUAUGAAGAAUUCGUACCACAACCUCUCCCAUGAGGUGAAAGCUCUGAAGCGACUAGAGGACUCUGGUGCUGUUGUAUACCUACACCCUCACUCCUGACCAAUGCAACACUAAGAGUAGUGCACAAGUGAAUGAUACAAUUGUAUAUAAUAUAUUAUCAACUGGGUGGUUCGAGCCCUGAAUGCUGAUUGGCUGACAGCCGUGGUAUAAAAUUAGCAUACAUUUCCAUAUGGGUGGCCCCAGCGGGAAUCAAACACACAAUCCAGACUAAUGUACCAACUGAGCUGCACAGGACCACAGUAAAGGAAGAUAGUUGGGACACUGAAAAAGGACUAUCUUUUCCUACACAUCCAGUGUGUUUUAGGGAUUAACAUGGGUAUCUGGGAUCUUGGGACUGUCCCAGGAGCACACUUCACACAGUAGCAGUGGGUGGGGAAAAUCACUGGGGGAGCCAAGGCAGGAGAAAAAAGCCAUAUUACAACCUACAAUUGAAGUCGGAAGUUUACAUACACCUUAGCCAAAUACAUUUAAACUCAGUUUUUCACAAUUCCUGAGAUUUAAUCGGAGUAAAAAUUCCCUGCUUUAGGUCAGUUAGGAUCACCACUUCAUUUUAAGAAUGUGAAAUGUCAGAAUAAUAGUAGAGAGAAUGAUUUAUUCCAGCUUUUAUUUCUUUCAUCACAUUCCAAGUGGGUCAGAAGUUUACAUACGCUCAAUUAGUACUUGGUAGCAUUGCCUUUAAAUUGUUUAACUUGGGUCAAACAUUUUGGGUAGCCUUCCACAAUCUUCCCACAAUAAGUUGGGUGAAUCUUGGCCCAUUCCUCCAGGUUUGUAGGCCUCCUUGCUCGCACACGCUUUUUCAGUUCUGCCCACAAAUGUUCUAUAGGAUUGAGGUCAGGGCUUUGUGAUGGCCACUCCAAUACCAUGACUUGGUUGUCCUUAAGCCACAACUUUGGAAGUAUGCUUGGGGUCAUUGUCCAUUUGGAAGAUCCAUUUGCGACCAAGCUUUAACUUCCUGACUGAUCUCUUGAGAUGUUGAUUCAAUAUAUCCACAUAAUUUUUUCUCCUCAUGAUGCUAUCUAUUUUGUGACAUGCACCAGUCCCUCCUGCAGCAAAGCACCCCCCUAACAUGAUGCUGCCACCCUUGUGCUUCACGGUUGGGAUGGUGUUCUUCGGCUUGCAAGCCUCCCCCUUUUUCCUUCAAACAUAACGAUGGUCAUUAUGGCCAAACAGUUCUAUUUUUGUUUCAUCAGACCAGAGGACAUUUCUCCAAAAAUAACAGUCUUUGUCCCCAUGUGCAGUUGCAAACUGUAGCUUUCUUAUAGAGGUUUUGGAGCAGUGGCUUCUUCCUUGCUGAGCAGCCUUUCAGGUUAUGUCGAUAUAGAUAUAGGACUCGUUUUACUGUGGAUAUAGAUACUUUUGUACCUGUUUCCUCCAGCAUCUUCACAAGGUCCUUGGCUGUUGUUCUGGGAUUGAUUUGCACUUUUCGCACCAAAGUACAUUAAUCUCUAGGAGACAGAACGCGUUUCCUUCCUGUGAGGUAUGGCGGCUAUGUGGUACCUUCAGGCGUUUGGAAAUUGCUCCCAAGGAUGAACCAGACUUGUGGAGGUCUACAAUUUAUUUUCUGAGCACUUGGCUGAUAUCUUUUGAUUUUUCCAUGAUGUCAAGCAAAGAGGCACUGAGUUUGAAGGUAGACCUUGAAAUACAUGCACAGGUACACCUCCAAUUGACUCAAAUAAUGUCAAUUAGCCUAUCAGAAGCUUCUAAAGCCAUGACAUCAUUUUCUGGAAUUUUCCAAGCUGUUUAAAGGCACAGUCAACUUCGUGUUUUUAAACUUCUGACCCACUGGAAUUGUGAUACAUUGAAUUAUAAGUGACAUAAUCUGUCUGUAAACAAUUGUUGGAAAAAUUACUUGUGUCAUGCACAAAGUAGAUUUCCUAACCGACUUGCCAAAACUAUAGUUUAUGAAAAAAAAAACGUGUGGAGUGGUUGAAAAACGAGUUUUAAUGACUCCAACCUAAGUGUAUGUAAACUUCCGACUUGUGUGUUGUUGUAAUUGCGGUGUUGUCUCUAUAAAGUGUUAGUUCAU